GAAAUAAAUAAAUAAAUAAAAACUUGUCCACAAAAACCAAAUUAGAAGCACAAAAACAAACCCCCUAAAAAAAAAAAGCACAAAAACAAACAUCAUCAUCAACUAUUUUCUACACCCUAAACUGGUAAGUAAAUCCCACCAAAAAGAAAUAAAAAAGCCAAAAUUAAAUUCUCUCUCUCUCUCUCUCUAUAUAUCUGACCCAUUUCUCCACUCUCUCAAAAUUCCUUUUCAUUUCUUGUUCUUACUUUCUUUGUUUUGUUUCCUUUCAUUUCAUGCUCUCACAACCUCAACUUAGUGGAAAAGUAGUAUAUAUAUAUUUAUAUAUAUAAAGAUAGAGCACCUUUUUUUUUUUUUCUCUCUCUCUCUAAUUUUUGGCUCUAGAUCUAGAACAAUAAUUGGUGGGUGUUUUUUUUCUUCUUUUUUUCCUUUCUUUCAUUCAUCUAAAGUCAUUAGUAUUUAGGGUUUGGAAGUAAGAUUCUUGGCUAAAUUUGGCAAAAUGCCGCCAUUUUUGUGAUCAAACAUGUGUUUGUUUUAACCCAAAUAAGCCACAUUAAGCUCCAUAAAUAGAAAAAUUUCCCCUUUUGCACAUAUUAAGUUUUGAAGCUUCUUCUUACUUUGUGUGAGAUAGUAGAAGAAGAAGAGAAAGAUUUAUCUAUCUGGCUAUAGGAAGAAGAAGAAAAAGGGUUGAAGUAAUUAAAAUCGAUCUGGGAAUAUAUAAUAGGGUAGAUAGGGAAGGGAGAUUAUUAUUAUUAUGGCUAGGGAGAAGAUUCAGAUAAAGAAGAUCGAUAACGCGACGGCCAGGCAAGUCACGUUUUCCAAGAGACGAAAAGGUCUUGUCAAGAAAGCUGAGGAGCUCUCUGUUCUUUGUGAUGCUGAUGUUGGACUCAUCAUUUUUUCCUCUACUGGAAAACUCUUUGAAUACUCAAACACAAGCAUGAAAGAAAUUAUAGACAGGCAUCACUUGCACUCAACGAACCUUGAAAAACUCGAACAACCGUCCCUUAAGUUACAGCUAGUGGAGAACAACACCUACUCUAAAUUGUGCAAGGAAAUAUCUGAGAAAAGCCAUCACCUUAGGCAAUUGAGAGGAGAAGAACUCCAUGGAUUAAACAUAGAGGAGCUGCAGCGGUUAGAGAAGUCCCUUGAAGUUGGACUAAGUCGAGUCAUUGAAAAGAAGGGUGAGAAGAUUAUGAAGGAAAUCAAUGAGCUUCAAAUGAAGGGAAAGCAAUUGAUGGAAGAGAAUGAAAGAUUAAGACAGCAAGUGGUGGAGAUUUGUAAUGGACGAACUAGAGAAGGUGGAACCACUACUAAUACUGAUUCGGAGUAUGUAAUCACUACUGAGGAGGGUCAGUCAUCGGAGUCUGUCACCAAUGUAUGUAGCUCCAAUGGUCCUCCUCAAGAUUACGAUAGUACUUCCGAUACCUCUCUCAAGUUGGGGCUACCCUACGCUGGGUGAUUGUGGAUCGUGGGUGUCUAACUCUAAAUGCAAAGUUAGAUUAAUAGUGUCUACAAAAAAGAAAAGUUUGACCAAGCAAAAUAAUUAACCAAUAUGACUGUUAAUUAAUUAUGUAUCACGAAUAUAUAAAUAUAUGAUCAUAUUUUCAGCUCCAAUACUAAUUAAUUAAACUU